CCAGCAUCCUGUGCGCGUCGACGAAGAAGGACAUCUCUCUAAAGAGGACACAGCAAGAAGCGUCCCAAGAAUCGUUUGGACGUGUAUCUGAAGCUGAUUAAAAAUGUCUGAGACUAUUGAGGAGAAGCUGAAGAACUACAGGACGGCUCCCUUUGACGCCCGAUUCCCCAACACCAACCAGACCCGCAACUGUUACCAGAAUUACCUGGACUACCAUAGGUGCAACAAGGCCCUGACAGCCAAAGACCAGGAUCUGACUCCCUGUCAGUGGUACAUGAGGGUUUAUAAGAGCCUGUGUCCCAUGAGCUGGGUUGCUAAAUGGGAUGAGCAGAUCGAAAAUGGAUCUUUCCCGGGCAGGAUCUGAAAUCUCCAACCAUUAUGGCUCAGGACAGUCAAUUGUUACUUACACCUUUACCUCUGUACUGUAGUGGACCUUACAACAUACAUGAAUUCCUUACAGCUAUCACAUCUUCGUCAUCACUAAUGUUACUUAAACUAUAAACCUAAACUAUAAACACGCACAAGUUUUUACGCUGCAUGUCAUGGUCUGAAGUUUGUUUCCAAUCUUUACUCUUCGGCAGUGUUUAAUCAAUAAAUUUAAUGCAGAUUUAAUUAAAGGGGCGUUGUUUAUUACUUAA